AUAAACAAGUUAUAACAUAAACAAUUAAAUCUUCCUUUGAAGAUAAUUGUUAUUGCUAUAAAAUUUUCUUAAAUACUCUUUAGAGUAAUUAGGUUAUAGAGUUCGGGCAUAUUUAGUUCGCCAAAAGUAAAAGGUGGUGCGCCUUGUUACUUUAUUCUGUUGUAUCCUGGGAGACAGACGCUGUUGAAAUUCUCUAGCACCAACGGGAGAAGGCGAAUCUGUUUUAAGGAAACUGUGUGCUACACAGGCCUCAGAUAUUCUCCAAUUGGAAUUGCGUUCACGUAAAGAAUGACUACUGAAAAGGAUCAAGAUAGUAGAGGUAAUGAAGUAAUGGCUGAGACUCAUGGUCUGGCAGCUCAAACUCAUACACAAAGAGUUCCGGAAUCUGUUCCAAUGAACCAACUUCUGAGUGUUGGGGAAAAACCGGAAAAAUUCACAGGACCAAAUUUCAAGAGGUGGCAGCAGAAGAUGCUCUUCUAUCUGACUACCAUGAAUCUUGCAAAAUUAGUCACUGAUGACGAACAAGUGCUCAAAGAAGAUGAAAAAGACACUAACGUCAUCAACGCUGUUAAAGCUUGGAAGAAAGAUGAUUUUCUAUGUCGUAAUUAUAUUAUGAAUAGCUUAGAAAAUAAUCUGUAUGAAGUAUAUCUUACAAAGAAUACGGCUAAGGAACUGUGGGAGUCUUUAGAUCGAAAAUAUAAAACUGAGGAUGCUGGCACAAAGAAAUUUGUUGUUGGUCGUUUCCUUGAUUUUAAAAUGGUAGAUUCCAAAACUGUGAUUAGUCAAGUUCAGGAAUUUCAAGUGAUCUUACACUACAUUCUGAGGGAAUGA